CGAACCUUGUAACACGAGACUACUGGAAGCGACCAGAAGUGGGAGGCGUGUUAUUUGUUUUGCAGGAGAGCGCACGGGUUUCAAAAUAAGAAAGGAACAUGGACCAACAAAGCUGCUUGAUGUACAUGUAGGACAAAUUUACCAAACUAUUGAAGGCAAAUUAGGCACCAUUAAAAACAAAACAAACAUGCAAUCAGGAAAUAAACAGUGGGUUCACCCAUCAGAAGCUUUAAUAAGAGGACAUGUCUUAUAUAAUGUAAAAUUUUUGGGAGAAUGUAGUGUGGAUCAACCAAAGGGUAGUGAAGUGGUGAAAGAUGCAAUAAGAAAAAUGAAGUUUAAUAAACACAUCAAAAGAGCAGAAGGGCAGAAACCCCAGAAAGUAGAAUUGACAAUAUCUGUAGAUGGUGUCACAAUUCAAGAUAGAGUAUCCAAGAUGAUAAUGCAUCAAUACCCUUUACAUCGAAUAUCUUAUUGUGCAGAUGACAAAUCGGACAAAAGAAUGUUUACUUUCAUAGCCAAAUCAGCCAAUACUUCUCAGCAUAAUUGUUACGUUUUUGAGAGUGAAAAAUGUUCUGAGGAAAUUACGCUGACUGUUGGUCAGGCUUUUGACCUGGCCUAUAGAAGGUUUUUAGAUUCUUCGGGUAAAGAUAUGGACAUGAAGAAACAGUUUCUUUUACUACAGAAAAAGGUUCAGACACUACAGACUGAAAAUGAUAGUUUAAAGAAAAGAAUUGCUGAAUUAGAGAAAUUGAAAGAAGUAUCAAAUUCAGAUGUGAAUGAUAGUCAGAAAUCAAAAUCUACCGUUGGUCGAAGAUUAGAAAAUUUAUUACUUGAUACAACAACAGUGCUUCCAGUGUCACAAACCAAUGGUGCCAAUAAUUAUGAUAAUACAACACCUACCAUAGACUCGGUUCCUGUUACACCUGUAUUAUCACCACCACCACCUAGUGGUAGAUCAAGAACUUUGAUUGAUUCACCUUCAACACCAACUCAGAUACAAUCAAAUAAAACGGCUAAUCCAUUUAACUCUUCUGGAUUUGGCUAUCCUGGUCAAGAUCCGUUUGGUAUGGGAGCUUUUAAUCCAUCAUCCACUGGAUCUAUAGAUCAGGCCAUUAAAAAUGUGGACCAAGAAUUAUUUGAUAUUCAGGCUGGUUUUAGUCAGGGCUUGUCAUUUGGUACUGAUGAUUUUUCUUUGGAGGAUUUGGAUCCAUUGAAUUCAAAAUAAAAGAUGCUCAUCAACACAGCUCAGAAUGUUUUAUCAUUAAGUUUAUUAUUACUUGGCUUUUUAAAACAAUGAGAGUUCUAGUCUAGUUGUUACAAUAUUUAAGAAUGGAUCUGGUAGAUUUAUUUAAUCUAAUGUUAUUGAGAAUCAUAAAGUUGUUAUAUAUACUGGAUUAUUGCUUAAAGUAAAUCACUUUAUAUAGAUCUAAGUUAUUGAAAGAAGUUUUAAAAUUGUUUAAACAUACAUUGUCCCGAAAGUAUUUAUUGGGUGGUUAUUUCCAGUAAAAGUAUAACAAAUGUGGUACAUAUGAAAAAUAUAGACACCCAAUCUUACUAGAAAAAUACUGGAUUACCUGAAAAACACCAAUGGCAAAAGGGGGGUUGGAUGGCCGAAUGGUUAGCAUGCGCGCGCUGUAUCAUACGCUCUGUCAUUGAGUCAACUGGCGGGGUUUCGAUUCCCCGGUUGUACGUGACAAGAAGUUGGGUCGCCUGUCCAACCUCGUGAGUCCUCCCUCUGCUAAAAAGACCCCUACGCGUUAUUAAAUAAAAUUGAACCAUGUGUUAGUCCCGAAAUGACCUAGUUUGUGUUGAGUGGACGUUAAACCCCAUUUCUCUCUCUCUCUCUCUCCAAUGGUGCAAGCACUGGGCAAAAAUGUCAGGGUGUUGUCUGCCAGCUUAUUGUGUGCUAGCUUGACUGAGGGAGCGGUUGUUAUUUCUUGAUCAAAUGGUUAGGCGAUGUUGGGAACAUUGAGGGGUGUCAACGUACAAAAGACUGUUAUUAAACGACGGAAUUAGAAGUUGAAAGAAAAUAAUUAAGAAUUUACUUAGGCCUCAAUAUGUGUGAUAAAUGGACAGUAAGUAAUGAAAAAUACAUUCUGAAAAAUGGACCCUCCCCCAAUGAAUUGAGGUCAUAGACAUGGCGUCUAACAACAGUUUAUUUAUAGCUUUAGGUAUCUCCCCGCGAAAACAAAGUUUCGAGAGGGAUAUGAAGCAAAUUUUUGAUGGAUAAAUUAGUUUGAAUAUGUUUUUAUACACCCACAUUUUCAUGUGGACGUAUAUUGUCAUCGUCCCUGUCUGUCCGGACGCCCACAAUUGUUUGUGGACACUCUACAGGUCACAAAUUUUAUCUGAUUUCAAUGAAACUUGAAAUAUAGGUUUAUCUCCCUAAGAUCUUGGUUCCUUUCGAUAUUGUUUGUAUUGGACCAUAUUGGCAUGUAUCGGAGCGUAUCUUCAUGGAUUAUGGCCUCUUGAUUGUACAAAAAAUUGUGUUUUUAGCUUGUGGUCCCUCUAGAGGUCACAAUUAUUAUCUGAUUUAAAACACUGUUCGAAUAUAUCACCGUUUGAAUAUUUCACCGUUACACCCUAAUGAUGGUUGUGUUCGAAUUUCACCCAGUUUUGAUGAAACUUGAAAUGUAUGUUUAUAACCCAAAGACCUUGGUUCCUUUUGAUAUUCGCGCAUAUCAGAUCAUAACUUCCUGAAUUAUGUCCCCAAAGAUCUCAGUUCCUUUCGAUAUUUGCCCAUAUCUUCCUGGAUUAAGGCCCCUGAUUGUACAAAAAAUCACAUUAUUUUUUUUUUAGGUCGUUAUCUGUCCAUCUCUUGCAAAAUGAGGACGUAUCUUGCAUGGCAACCGCUUGUUAGUCCAACUAUAUCAUCAAAUCACACAAUUUGUACACAGGAAAGUUUCUCUAAUUGAUGUGUUUUGAAAAUUAUUUAACAUUAAUUAAUCUUCCACCAAAAGUGUAUACGGUACACAUGAACAUUCCUGCACAUUCCAUAUUUUAUUAUGUUAUGUUAUUAAAUUAUAAUAGAGGAUCUAGUUACUUUAUGUUUUUAUAUUUAAUUGAAAUACAAACUUGAUGAGACUGGAUGGUUACAUUCAAAUUGGCUGAAGGGUACAUAAUAUUUAUGUCAUAAUAAUUUGUGUAAAAGCAUAACAAAAUAUAAGGGGAACAUUUUUUCUGAAUAACAUCAUGUAAUACAUUCAAAUUUUUUUUUUUUAUCUUUAUUUUUAAUAAAAGAAUUUUUUAUCCUUUAUAAUAAUCUUUUGAUUCUUUGCAUUUUGCCAUUAACUUUUUUUGAGAAAUGAAUUUUGUGUUUGAUUAAUAAUAUUAAUUGUAAAUAUGAUGCAUGAUAUUACUUAAUAAUAAAAUCAAAAUUUUCCUGAU